UCGGCCGCGAGUCCCGGUGCCCGGCUUUUGUGCGCGUGUCGUCAGCUCAGACGGCGUGCCUUCAGCCGCCUUUCUCCUAAUUUUCCCCUCUCUCCAGCACUGACGCCUCGUUUUCCUAACUCUAUCAUCCUCGCUCUUUUACUCUCUCCUCCCUUCGCGAUUCAGCAUGCAGAAAAAGGACGCUUCCCCACAUGGUUUCCUGCCUAGCUUCCAGCAUUUCGCCACGCAGGCCAUCCAUGUGGGCCAGGAACCAGAGCAGUGGACCUCCCACGCUGUGGUGCCCCCCAUCUCACUGUCCACCACGUUCAAGCAAGGGGCGCCGGGCCAGCACUCGGGGUUUGAAUAUAGCCGUUCUGGAAAUCCCACUAGGAAUUGUUUGGAAAAAGCAGUGGCAGCACUGGAUGGGGCUAAGUACAGUUUGGCCUUUGCUUCAGGUUUAGCAGCCACUGUGACUAUUACCCAUCUUUUAAAAGCAGGAGACCAAAUUAUUUGUAUGGAUGAUGUGUAUGGAGGUACUAACAGGUACUUCAGGCAGGUGGCUGCUGAAUUUGGAUUAAAGAUUUCUUUUGUUGAUUGUUCCAAAAUCAAGUUGCUAGAGGCAGCAAUUACACCAGAAACCAAGCUUGUUUGGAUCGAAACCCCCACAAACCCUAAAUUGAAGAUGAUUGACAUCGAAGCCUGUGCACAUACUGUCCAUAAGCAUGGAGACAUUAUUUUGGUUGUGGAUAACACUUUUAUGUCAGCGUAUUUCCAGAGGCCUUUGGCUCUGGGAGCUGAUAUUUGUAUGUAUUCUGCAACAAAAUACAUGAAUGGCCAUAGUGAUGUUGUAAUGGGCUUAGUGUCUGUUAAUUCUGAAAGCCUACAUAACAGGCUUCGUUUCUUGCAAAAUUCUCUGGGAGCAGUUCCGUCUCCUGUUGACUGUUACCUCUGCAAUCGAGGUCUGAAGACUCUACAAAUUAGAAUGGAAAAACAUUUCAAAAAUGGAAUGGCAGUUGCUCAGUUCUUGGAAUCUAAUCCUCGGGUAGAAAAGGUUAUUUAUCCCGGGCUGCCUUCUCAUCCUCAGCAUGAGUUGGCAAAGCGUCAGUGCACUGGUUGCCCAGGGAUGGUCACCUUUUAUAUUAAGGGCACUCUUCAGCAUGCUGAGACUUUCCUCAAGAACCUGAAGUUAUUUACUCUAGCUGAGAGCUUGGGAGGAUAUGAAAGUCUUGCUGAGCUUCCGGCAAUCAUGACCCACGCAUCAGUGCCUAAGAAUGACAGAGAUGUCCUUGGAAUUAGUGACACAUUGGUUCGACUCUCUGUGGGCUUAGAGGAUGAAAAAGACAUACUGGAAGAUCUAGAUCAAGCUUUGAAGGCAGCACACCCUUCAAGUGGAAGUCGCAACUAGCAUUUCAGAACUCCUAGUAGAAGCUUCUUCCUGAGAAGAUGAAAUCUCCUGAGUAAUUGAAUGGACCAUUAUCGAGCCUUUGCAUAAUUUUCAAGUGAAGAUUUUAAGGCAUCUUGUUACCUUUCACAACUGUAACCUUCUAGGGAUCUUCCUGGUUAAGGCAGUUUUCUGUAUCUCUUACUGUAAUUGUCAGGUCAAUUCUGUUAAUAUCUUUUUGUUAAUUUUGCUAUCCAUUUGCCUCUGAA